AUGAGACUCCCCUCAGCAUACGCCCUGACGGCGACCCUCGCCUUUGGCAGCGUCGCUUCAGCCCAGGUCACCGACGCCAAAAUAGUCGGCACAUGGUCAACAAAGUCCAACAAGACCUUGACUGGUCCUGGCUUCUUUGACCCCGUCAGCGACACCCUGAUCGAGCCCGCGCGAACGGGCAUCUCAUACUCCUUUACGUCCGAUGGUUUUUACGAGGAAGCCUACUACCGCGCAAUUUCCAACCCUACCGACCCCUCAUGCCCUGGCGCCAUCAUGCAAUGGCAACACGGCAGCUACGUGAUCAACUCCGACGGUUCCAUGGAUAUGACCCCCAUCGCCGUCGAUGGCCGACAAUUGCUAUCCCAGCCCUGCCAGAACAGCCACUCGGUUUACACGCGCUACAACACCACUGAGCACAUGAAGGCAUACCGCAUCUACACCGACCCCUACCACAACAUCCCGCGCCUGGACCUCACCGAGUUUGACGGCAAAAUCAUGCAGCCCUUGUACCUCGUCUUCUCUCCUCCCCAGAUGUUGCCCACUCAAACUCUCAACCCCACUCUCGGCGCUGCCUCACCCACCUCUACCUCAAAGGCCAAGCGCGACAUUCCCAGAGAGGUUCCUACAAAUUUCAAGACUGGUGUUCAGAGCCAGGUCAUGAACCCUGACCGCUGGUGGUGGAUGGGUUUGACCUUCACUGGUAUUGGUGGUCUGCUUUACUUUGGUCCUAGAAGAAUGUAA